UCUAUAACCGACAUUUAUAAGGAAUAAGAAAAUGGUAGGUCUCGGAAGGAUGCAGCGGCGUGCGGCGUGCGGCACCGUCAAGAAGGCCUCGCGCGUUCUGAUUGAGAAGUACUACCCCAAGCUCACUCUGGACUUCCAGACCAACAAGCGCAUCUGCGACGAUGUUGCCAUCAUCGCCUCGAAGCGCCUGCGCAACAAGAUUGCUGGCUUCACCACUCACCUGAUGAAGCGCAUUCAGCGUGGUCCCGUCCGCGGCAUCUCGUUCAAGCUGCAGGAGGAGGAGCGCGAGCGCAAGGACAACUACGUUCCUGACGUCUCGGCCCUCGACACCUCGGCCAUCGAGAUCGAUCCCGAUACCAAGGAGAUGCUCAAGUCGCUCAACUUUGAGAACCUCCCCGGUGUCUCGGUCACUGCCCCGGUCCGCUCCGGUCGUGCUGACCGCCGCGACUUCCGCCGCCGUGGCGAGCGCCGCCCCGCCCCCAGCGCCAGGCUGCCCCCGCCCCCGCUGCCCCGGCUGCCUGGUGCUGCGCAGAAGCGCCCUUGA